AUGGCGUCGUUUGAAGAAGCACCACCUGGCGAUGCUAAAGCCGGAGAGAAGACCUUUAGGACUAAGUGUGCUCAGUGUCAUACCGUCGACAAAGGUGCCGGUCACAAGCAAGGACCCAAUCUGAAUGGCUUGUUUGGAAGGCAGUCAGGAACAGCUCCUGGGUACUCUUACUCUGCUGCUAACAAGAACAGGGCUGUCAUUUGGGAGGAGAAGACUUUGUAUGAUUACUUGCUCAACCCCAAGAAGUACAUCCCUGGAACAAAGAUGGUUUUCCCUGGAUUGAAGAAGCCACAGGACCGUGCUGAUCUCAUUGCAUACUUGAAGCAGUCUACCGCAUCUUAA